UCCAUGACUUCAACCUCGCUCGAACUCGAAACAUAUAUGUUGUAGCUAAUGGAGAGUCUGAACCCGAAGUUCGAUCAAGAUAAGUUGUAGGCCAAAUAGAAAAGAAAAUGAGAGAAAUAAAGAUAUAUCCAUGGUUGUUAAUGGUGUUAUUUGGUUGUUGUUGGAUUUUAGAAAUCGUUAAUGGUAAUAUUGGAGAAUGGGAUGAGGUAUGGAAGAAGCGAUCCGAGGAGUCAUGGAAUCGAACACUUGAGACGUAUGAGCCCGUCCCUGAACACAUAGUUAGUCAUUUGAAUGUUCAUGCCAACAAGGCAGUAAAAGAGGUGGAAGAAAUAAAUGCAAAGGAAAAUAGCACUCGAAGGGAGCUACUAAAGGGCUACACGGGUCCGUGCAUGGCGACAAACCCAAUCGACCGUUGCUGGAGAUGUCGGCCGAGGUGGGCGAAGAAGCGGUUCAGGUUGGCGGACUGCGUGCUAGGGUUUGGAUACAAGACGACAGGCGGCAAGAACGGCGACAUCUAUGUGGUGACGGACUACACCGACCACGACAUGGUAAACCCUAGGCCGGGAACCCUCCGGCACGCGGUGAUCCAGAAGGAGCCGCUGUGGAUCAUUUUCGAGCGCGACAUGCUCAUCACCCUCCAGCAGGAGCUGAUCAUGCAGGGCGACAAGACUAUUGACGGGCGUGGCGUCCGAGUCGACAUUGCCUAUGGCGCCGGCAUCACCAUCCAGUUCGUCAGCAACGUCAUCAUCCACGGCAUAAGAGUCCACGACAUCUUAAGCAAGAGCGGCGGCAUGGUUAGAGACUCUGUCGACCAUUACGGCUUCCGCACUGUCAGCGAUGGCGACGGCAUCUCCAUCUUUGGGUCACAGAAUAUCUGGAUCGAUCAUGUCUCGAUGAAGAAUUGCACCGAUGGCCUUAUCGACGCCAUCGAGGGAUCCACGGGCAUCAGCAUCACCAACAGCCACUUCACUGAUCACGAUGAGGCAUUGCUCUUUAGUGCAAAUGAUAUGGCUACUUAUGAUGAUAAAAUGCAAGUUACGGUAGCUUUCAACCAUUUUGGGAAAAGAAUGGUGCAGAGAAUGCCGAGGUGCAGAUUUGGUUAUUUUCAUGUUGUUAACAAUGACUAUACUCAUUGGAAAAUGUAUGCCAUUGGUGGAAGCAGUCAUCCCACCAUCAUUAGCCAGGGCAACAGAUUUGUUGCCGAUCACCCUUUUGCCAAGCAGGUGACAAAAAGGGAGAAAUCUCCAGAAUCAGAGUGGAUGACAUGGACAUGGGUAUCAGAAGGAGACCUAUUUCUGAGAGGGGCGUAUUUUGUCGAAUCAGGAGAUAGAGAUUGGACUAAGAAGCAUCCUGAACUUUAUGACAAAAUUCUGGCCGCUCCAGCUAUACACACAGCAGAAAUGACUAAAUUUACAGGUGUACUUAAUUGUAUUGUAGGAGAACCCUGUUAAACCAUGCUUUAUUUAGUUUACUACUAGUAUUCACACAACCUACAUCUGUUAUCACCAGAUUCCCUAUAUCAAUGUUAGAAUUUCAGUUUACUAAUCUUUUUGAGAUCCAUGUCUUGAUUUUGUAAGAUUCGAAUUUAUAUUUUUUUGGAAAUAUAUUGUUUAAGAUCCCCAAUGCAAUUGUGUUUUAGAUAUGAUUCAAA